AGGUGGGUGAGCGCGCGCGCGCGCCGCCCGGCCGUCGUGGUUUCCUGGCUGCGCGCGCGGCGCUGGCGGAGUAGCUGCAGCUGUAGCAGCAGCCGCGAAGAUGGCGGAGGGGUUGGAGCGUGUCCGGAUCUCCGCGUCGGAGCUGCGAGGGAUCCUGGCCACUCUGGGUCCACAGGCCGGGAGCAGAGAAAACAUGAAGGAGCCCAGGCAGCGAAAAGAUAACAGGCGUCCAGAUCUGGAAAUCUAUAAGCCUGGCCUUUCCCGACUAAGAAACAGACCUAAAAUCAAGGAACCCUCUGGGAGUGACGAAUCGAAGAUUGAAGUUGUUAAUGACAGAGAUUCUUCUGCUGUUGGAAAUUGUACCCAGCUCAUUAAAGAUGUCUGCAAAGACAACCCACAGCAAAAUGGUCCUGUAGACUCAGAAAAUAUUCGGGCACAGGAGUCCUUUCCUGGGACCGUUGGACAAGAGGAUCGAAGCCUAAGAAUUAUUAAGAGAACAAAGAAACCAGACAUGCAGAUCUAUCAGCCUGGAAGGCGUUUGCAGACUGUUACCAAAGAAGCCACCAGCCGGGUGGAAGAGGAAGAAAUCCUCAACCAGGUAGAGCAACUGAGGGUAGAGGAAGAUGAGUGUAGGGGAAAUGUGAAAGAGGAGGUGGUGAACAGGCCAGACAGAGAGGAGGCUGAAAAGAGCCUAAGUGGUGACAGAGUAAGGGCUGCAAAGGGAGAAAAAGGAAAGAGGGUAGAAAGGGGGGAGGGGGUGAAGAAAGCGAACGAAGACUCAGCUCAGGGGAAGCCGGGUUCUGCCAAGCGCUACUCCCGCUCAGACAAACGCAGGAACCGCUACCGCACUUGCAGCACCAGCUCGGCCGGCAGCAACAACAGCGCCGAGGGGGCUGGCCUGACUGACAGUGGAAGUCGCCGCCGCCGCCAGGAUCGGACCAAGGAGAGGCCCCGACUGAAGAAGCAGGUGUCUAUGUCCUCAACCGACUCCUUGGAUGAGGACAGAAUUGAUGAGCCCGAUGGACCACGGAGGAGCUCAGAGAGGAAGAAACAUUCAGAAAGAAGCUGGUCUGGCCGAGGGGAGGGAGAGCAGAAAAGCAAUGGUAAAGAAAAUCGAGGUACUCUUCGAGUUACUUUUGAUGCAGAAACCAUGAACAAAGAUUGCCCAGUGGUGAGGUCGGCCAGGGAAGAGGUGGAUAGGUUAAAGCCAGACAAAGGCUCGAGCGGUGGGGGCAAAGGCUCUGAGAAGCCGGAGUCCAAAAACCUUAGACAGGAGCUUCGGGGUCGCGGCCGGGGCAUUCUCAUUCUCCCCGCCCACACCACCCUGUCAGUCAGUUCAGCCGGUUCUCCAGAGUCCACGCCUUUGGGACCUCGGCUUUUAUUUGGAACUGGUAGCAAGGGAUCUCGGAGUUGGGGCCGGGGAGGCACCACUCGACGAUUGUGGGACCCAAACAAUCCUGAACAGAAACCCGCUCUAAAGAGCCAGACGCCACAGCUUCAUUUCUUGGACACUGAUGAUGAAGUCAGCCCUACCUCUUGGGGUGACUCACGCCAGGCCCAAGCCUCUUACUAUAAGUUUCAGAACUCCGACAACCCCUAUUAUUACCCCCGGGCACCAGGCCCUGCCUCCCAGUAUCCUUACACAGGCUAUAGCCCUCUGCAGUACCCGGUGGGCCCUACAAACGGUGUGUACCCAGCGCCUUACUACCCAGGCUACCCAGCUCCAUCAGGACAGUAUGUGUGUAGCCCUCUCCCUGCCAGCACCAUGAGUCCUGAGGAGGUGGAACAGCACAUGAGGAACAUGCAGCAACAGGAACUGCACCGGCUCCUCCGGGUGGCUGACAACCAAGAACUACAACUCAGCAACCUGCUCUCCAGGGACCGCAUCAGUCCUGAGGGCCUGGAGAAGAUGGCUCAGCUCAGAGCUGAACUGCUGCAGCUAUAUGAGCGCUGUAUUCUAUUAGAUAUUGAGUUCUCUGAUAAUCAGAAUGUGGAUCAGAUCCUGUGGAAGAAUGCUUUCUAUCAGGUGAUUGAGAAGUUCAGGCAGCUUCUCAAGGAUCCGAAUGUUGAGAACCCAGAACAGAUUCGGAACAGACUUUUGGAGCUCUUGGAUGAGGGUAGUGACUUCUUUGAUAGUUUGCUUCAGAAGCUGCAGGUCACUUAUAAGUUCAAACUGGAGGACUACAUGGACGGUCUUGCCAUUCGCAGCAAGCCAUUACGAAAGACAGUAAAAUAUGCCUUGAUCAGUGCCCAGCGAUGUAUGAUUUGCCAAGGAGAUAUUGCCAGGUAUCGGGAGCAAGCCAACGACACGGCAAAUUAUGGGAAGGCACGCAGUUGGUACCUGAAGGCCCAGCAUAUUGCUCCGAAGAAUGGGCGCCCUUAUAACCAGUUGGCUCUGCUGGCUGUGUAUACGAGGAGGAAGCUGGAUGCUGUCUAUUAUUAUAUGCGCAGUUUAGCUGCCAGCAACCCUAUCCUGACUGCCAAGGAGAGUCUCAUGAGCUUGUUUGAAGAGACCAAACGGAAGGCGGAACAGAUGGAAAAGAAGCAACACGAAGAAUUGGAGCUGAGCCCUGACCAGUGGCGGAAAGGGAAGAAAUCCACUUUUCGGCAUGUAGGAGAUGACACCACUCGCCUGGAGAUCUGGAUUCAUCCAUCCCAUCCCCGGUCCUCCCAGGGCACAGAGUCUGGGAAGGAUUCUGAGCAGGAGAAUGGGCUGGGCAGCCUAAGCCCCAGUGAUCUGAACAAAAGGUUCAUCCUCAGUUUUCUCCAUGCCCAUGGGAAGCUGUUUACCCGGAUUGGGAUGGAGACGUUCCCUGCAGUGGCUGAGAAGGUCCUCAAGGAGUUCCAGGUGUUGCUGCAGCACAGCCCCUCUCCUAUUGGAAGUACCCGAAUGCUACAGCUUAUGACCAUCAACAUGUUUGCUGUACACAACUCCCAGUUGAAAGUGUUGUGUGUGUUCUCUGAGGAGGAGGAGGAACAGAGAGAAGACUGCUUCUCGGAGGAGUGUCGCUCUGUGAUCCAGGAGCAGGCUGCAGCCCUGGGCCUGGCCAUGUUUUCUCUCCUGGUGCGACGCUGCACCUACUUACUGAAGGAGUCGGCCAAAGCUCAGCUGUCCUCUCCUGUGGGGGAGGAGGAUCAAGAUGACAUCAAGGUGUCCUCCUUUGUCCCGGACCUGAAGGAACUGCUCCCCAGUGUGAAGGUCUGGUCAGACUGGAUGCUCGGCUACCCAGACACCUGGAACCCUCCGCCCACCUCCCUGGAGCUGCCCUCACAGGUUGCUGUGGAUGUGUGGUCGACGCUGGCUGACUUCUGUAACAUACUGACUGCAGUGAAUCAGUCUGAGGUGCCACUGUACAAGGACCCGGACGAUGACCUCACCCUCCUCAUCUUGGAAGAGGAUCGGCUUCUCUCGGGCUUUGUCCCCUUGCUGGCUGCCCCUCAGGACCCCUGCUACGUGGAGAAAACCUCGGAUAAGGUUAUUGCAGCCGACUGCAAAAGGGUCACAGUGCUGAAGUAUUUUCUGGAAGCCCUUUGUGGACAAGAAGAGCCUCUGCUGGCAUUCAAGGGUGGAAAAUAUGUGUCAGUGGCACCCGUCCCAGACACCAUGGGAAAGGAAAUGGGAAGCCAAGAGGGAAAACAACUGGAAGAUGAGGAGGAGGACGUGGUGAUUGAAGACUUUGAGGAAGACUCGGAGGCCGAAGGCAGCGGGGGAGAGGACGACAUCAGGGAGCUUCGGGCCAAGAAGCUGGCUCUGGCCAGAAAGAUAGCGGAGCAGCAGCGUCGCCAGGAGAAGAUCCAGGCUGUCCUGGAGGACCAGAGUCACGUGCGGCAGAUGGAGCUCGAGAUCAGACCCUUGUUCCUCGUACCAGACACCAACGGCUUCAUUGACCACCUGGCCAGCCUGGCACAGCUGCUGGAGAGCAGGAACUACAUCCUGGUGGUGCCCCUCAUCGUGAUCAAUGAGCUGGAUGGCCUGGCCAAGGGGCAGGAGACAGACCACCGGGCCGGGGGCUAUGCCCGCGUGGUGCAGGAAAAGGCCCGAAAGUCCAUUGAGUUUCUCGAGCGGCGAUUCGAGAGUCGGGACUCUUGCCUGCGGGCCCUGACCAGCCGUGGUAAUGAACUCGAAUCCAUCGCCUUCCGCAGCGAGGACAUCACUGGCCAGCUGGGUAACAAUGAUGACCUGAUCCUCUCCUGCUGUCUCCACUACUGUAAAGACAAGGCAAAGGACUUCAUGCCCACCAACAAAGAGGAGCCCAUCCGGCUGCUGAGGGAGGUGGUGCUGUUGACAGACGACCGGAACCUGCGUGUGAAGGCGCUGACCAGGAACGUGCCUGUGCGGGACAUCCCGGCCUUCCUCACGUGGGCCCAGGUGGGCUGAGGGGGCGCAGCCACCCCCCACGGAAGCACUCCUGAGAAGGCCGCCAGGCGCCCAGUGUAGCACAGAAGACGCCCACGCGCCUGAGCCACCAAUCCACCCAGACAAUAAACCAUCCUCUUCCAACCCACGCCGUGGCCGUACUGUGGGGGAGCUGCUCCUCACAGAGCCCCUCCUAAGGGUGGGCGGAAGUGCUGGGACCCUCCUGGGCUGCCAGGAUUUAGCAGGGAGGUGGCUGGCUGCAGCGACGGCAGGCGGGCGAGCCAGAUGGUCCGCCCCAUGCCCAGCCUUUCUCCCUCCCCCUGUCCAGAUCAAGGGCCGGCAGAAGGCCUCUUAGCCCGGAGAUGCAGCCACUUUCUCAGCUGAAGAUGGCGCAGGGCAGGGUUAGCAUUUCCAUCAGAUGCAGGUGAAACCAUGGGUCCCCUCAGUCUUCAGAAGCCCUGACCCGAAAGUGUCCAAGAGGCCUUGGUCAUGCCGUGAGGAGAGUACCCAGGAGGUCUGUCUCCCUGAUGCCUGGAUGCCCCCAGGGACUCCAUUUGGGUUCUGAACACCAACCAUGUGCUGAACUGCAGCCCUAGGUCCUCAGCUCUUCUCCCGCCACCCCGCUGCUCUUCUCCCUGCCCUGCCACCUGGGUCCCCUGUGCUUGGCCACCUGCUCUCCCCUCAGUUGGUCAUGGGUCUGUAGGGAAGGCCCCCUGCCCUCUCAGGCCCAUGCCCCCUGGGUUGCCUUUGCCUGCUCCCUCUCCCCUCAGUGGCUUUCCUUUUGCUCUCUUCCUGCUUCACGAAAUUUCUUCCCAACUCCUCCUCCCUCUCUCCCUUCCUGAACCAUCCACCUCCUCCCCCCCUUUCUAGUCCUUCCUUCUCACCUUCCUGGCCCCUCAGUCCCUUGCUGUGGAGCUUCUCUGACUCUUUCUUCUGUGGUACCUGUGGCAGGAACCUAAUGUAGCUUUCCUGCCCCUGACCUCCUUUCCCAGGCCCCUGUGCUCUGAGAAAUGCUCAGACUAGUCUGAGGGUAGGGCAGGCCAGUGCCCACGAGGAGCAUUGCCUGACCUGGGGUUUGCACCCCAUUUCUAGCUCUGCCCUGGAAGGCGCAGGGGCCCUCUGGCUAUGCUGGGAGUUUUUGUUGCUUCUAGCUGGCACCUGUGUUCAGUCUCCCUACGGAGGCUUCCUACCGGGACUGUGUUCUCCCAAGCCAGGGACAGGGCUGGAGGAAGACUUAGGGGAAGACAGGGUUUGGAGACGAAGCCAGGAGUCAGUUUUAAUGGGACCAGUGGGGAAGUCCCCCAGAGGCCCCUGACUGACUACACAGCCUGCCCAGACGGUGGGAACAAGGCAGUGCCCUCCCCAAAGCCCAAGACUAUGCCAGAAAGAUGGGGAGCAGGAGAGCCACAGCCAGUGAUUUGAGGGUACAGGGCUCAGAAGACUGGGCUUUGGGAUAUAGGGUCCCUGGCCUCUCCUUUGAGAUCCCUUCUCCAGGAUGAAGGUUAAUGACAUGGGUGGGAGACCCCCAUCCCUCCUUUCUGUUCCAUUUGCAGCCCUGGUUUUGUUUCCUGAAUAAAUUUUUAGUUAUAAAACAUA